GCACAUCGCGACACAACACCGGUGGCUGUGGCGGAGGGUCAUGGGGUGUGGGCCCGGCUGCUCUGGGAGAUAAACACGGAUAUUAAUCAGGGUUUAAUGUAAAUGAAGUGGAUGUAGACGGAUUUAACAGACUGCAGCAGUAAAAGUUUUUUUUUAGUUCCCCUCUUGAACGGCCAGUUCUUGGUAAGAUGAGUCCGACGCAGUGGGAUCUCCCCCCAGAGCUGUGCUGCAGGCCAAUGGCCUUCGUGGCUCUGACCGGUCUGGAUGUGGUGUAUAACGCAGUGCACAGAGCCAUAUGGGACGCUUUCUGUGCAAACAGGAGGGCAGACAGGGUGCCCAUUUCCUUUAAAGUCCUGCCAGGUGACCACGAGUACCCGAAGUGUAGAACUAAGAGGACCUCCUACGAGUGGUACAUUCCUAAAGGCAUCCUGAAGACAGGCUGGAUGAAUAAACACCUGAACCUGGUGCCUUCUCUGGUGGUGCUGUUCUAUGAGCUUGACUGGGACGAUGCUCAGUGGAAGGAGAAGCAGUCGGAGUGUGCCACUAAAGUGGAAAUUGUCAGAACAAGUCUGCAGGGGAGGAACACUAAGGUUGCAGUUGUUCUAAUCCAGAAGAAGACUCCUCUUCCUCCAGGAGAGGAUGUGGUGGCAUCAGAGAGGGCUGCGGCUCUGUGUAAUGCCUGCGAUCUCUCUGGAAAAUCCCUGUUUGUCCUCCCCCAUACGGACCACCUAGUAGGAUACAUCAUCAGGUUGGAGAAUGCGUUUUAUGAGCAUGCUCAAACAUAUUACUAUAAUGAGAUAAGGAGAGUGAAAUCGCACAAAGAGUUCCUGAAUAAAACGACUCAUCAGCUGCUGUUUGUGAGGCACCAGUUUAAAACCGGUUUCUUCAGUGAGCUGAAGCAGGACACGCAGAAUGCCCUCAAACACUACAGAACCGCCUACAGUCUUGUUCAUGAGCUCAGAGCCCAUGAGACCAACAUGCUGGAGAUCAAGACUUUGGCUGGCUUCAUCAACUACAAGAUCUGUAGGCUCUGCUUCCAGCACAACACCCCUCUGGAUGCCAUCGCUCAGUUCAGGAAGCACAUCGAUCUGUGCAAGAAGAAGAUUGGGAGUGCUGAGCUGGCCUUUGAGCACACCGCCUGGAUGUCAAAACAAUUCCAGUCAUUUGGUGAUCUGUUCGAUGAGGCCAUCAAACUGGGCCUCACGGCGAUCCAGACGCAGAACCCUGGCUUUUAUUACCAGCAGGCUGCCUGUUAUGCCCAGGAGCGCAAACAGCAAGCCAACCAGCUCUGCAGCCAUGAGCCUAAUGUGAGUUACCCCACUCCUGACCCUGUGGAAACGGCUUCAGGAGCUCUGGACUUCUAUGGACAGAGAGCAUGGAGACAAGGCCACCAGAGUAUUGACCCACCUGACCCUGAAAAGGAGAAGCAGGGCAUACUCGCUCUUCAGCUGAAGGAGAAAGAUGUGCCUCAUUCGGAGCUGAUCAUUGCUUUACUCAGCAAUGCUGUUGCACAGUUUAAGAAAUACAAGUGUCCUCGUAUGAAGAGCCAUUUGAUGGUUCAGAUGGGAGAGGAGUACUACCACGCCAAAGACUACACCAAAGCUUUAAAAUUGUUGGACUAUGUUAUGUGUGACUAUCGGACUGAGCGCUGGUGGAGUCUCCUCACCUCUAUCUUGUGUACGGCUCUAAAGUGCUCGUAUUUGAUGGGCCAAGUCAAAGACUACAUUACCUACUCUAUGGAGCUGGUGGGCAGAGCCUCUACUCUACGUGAAGAUCAGAAAUCCAGGAUUGAGAAGAAUCUGAUCAGAGUGCUCAUGAAUGAGGUUCCGGAGGCGGAGCUGGACUGUGACCCAGGCUCAGUAAAGGCAGCUCAAGUGCUGUGGACGGAUCGCGCCUCUCUGGCUGGCAGUAACGAGUUCACCGUUGAGGUUCAGGACUAUGUGCCAUUCAUCCAGUGUAAGGCCAAGUUCCUGUCUCCCAGUUUCCACGUGGAUGAGCCAGUGCAACUGCAUGUUUAUCUCAGGGCCGACUGCCCCCACCCCGUCCGCUUCGCCAAGCUGUGUGUCAGCCUCAGCAACCAGGAAUAUAAUCAGUACUGCCUGGUGGAGGAGGUGUGCAAGGGGAAGGACAUUCUGGAAGCUUCUUCUCAGGGGAACAUGUGUCUGGUGCCCGGAAAGACCCGAAAAUACUGUUUCAAAUUUGUAGCCAGGACUGAGGAUGUUGGCAGAAAGAUAGAGAUCACCAGUGUGGACCUGAUGCUGGGCAGUGAGAAUGGCCGGUGUGUGUAUCUGAACUGGAGGGGUGGAGGUGGUGAUGCUGCCUCUGCUCAGGAGGCUUUGCAGGCGUCACGCUCCUUUAAGAGGAGAACCCGUCUCCCAGAGCAACAGGUCGACUGGGACGCUGUUUCCAUCCAAUCCAGCACCAUGGUCAUAUCCCGAGUUCCCCGAAUUACUGUCCAGUUGCAGCAUGAGCCACCAGCCCUGAGCAAUGAGAUGUACUGCAUUACGGUCACUGUCCAAUCAGAAGAAGACACGGUGGCCAAAGAUGUUACUCUUACUGCUGGUCUCAAACCAGGUCAGGAUGCAAAUCUCACCCAAACAACCCACGUCACACUGAACAGCUCAGAGGUGUGUGAUGAUGCUCAUCCUGCCCUGCUAACUGAUAUCGCUGUUGGAGACUUGCAGCCAGGACAGAAGAUUGAGAAGAAGCUGUAUAUCCGCUGUGUCAGCACUGGAUCCAGAAUCUUCCUUUUCCACGUCUCUUACGCCAUGAGCACCACAGUGGAGGGCAAAGACAUCACAUGCAGGUGUCACAAGGAUGAAACCGUCACAAUAGAGACCGUCAUUCCAUUUGAAGUAGCUGUCAAGUUUGUGUCCACUAAGUUUGAGCAUCUGGACCGUGUUUAUGUGGAUGUGCCGUUCUUGCUGAUGAUGGACAUUUUGAGUGCGUCUCCGUGGCCUGUGCAUCUGGUCAGCAGUGAGCUCCAGCUGGCCUCCAGUAUGGCCGCUGUUGAUCAGCCUCAGAGUCAGGUGGAGGGAGUGGUACUGCAGACGGGCGAGUGUGCGAGUGAGUGUUUCAGUCUAAAAUGCCCUCCGGUUCAGAAUGGCACCAGCACAGUGGCAGCAGGACAGUACCUCAUCUCCUGGAAGAGGAAAUCUGUGUCUGCUGAGACGCCAGUGGUUAAAACAACUGUGAUCCUCCCUCAUAUUAUUGUAGAGACUAUUCCUCUGUAUGUCCAUGCAGAGUUGCCCUCGUUUGGGCGUGUACGUGAGUCUCUCCCAGUGUGGUAUCACAUUGAGAACCGAACCGGAGUGGUUCAGGAUGUGGACAUAUCUGUGGAGCCCAGUGAUGCCUUCAUGUUUUCCGGACUCAAGCAGGUACGCAUGAGGAUUCUGCCAGGUACGGAGCAGGAGAUGGUGUAUAAUUUCUAUCCCUUGAUGGCUGGCUAUCAGAACCUGCCUCUGCUGAAUAUCAACCUUCUUCGAUUCCCCAAUGUCUCCAGUCAGCUACUGCGCCGCUUCCUCCCCACACGCAUCUUUAUUAAGCCGCAGGGAAGAAAUGGAGAUGCCUCCAUUGAAGCUGCCUGAGAAUAGCUACGUAAAAAUGGUUUUAUAAUCUGAUCUCAGCAUUUGUUAUCAAACAGAUUUGGAUAGUGCUUUGUUCUUCUGUCGUUUUGAAAGAGGUUCCAGAAAACAAGUUCUGAGGUGUUUCAAACAAGCAUAACUUUUCUGAAACCUGCAUUUAAGAGUUGGUGUAGCAACAUCAGAUGUUGCCUCGGGGUUAGCAGUAGAGUUUUCUGACUGAAGGCAUACUGAGCUCUCCUGUUGCACCAUUUUAUUUGGUUAGACUGGUCCUGUGGGAUCUGAAGAAUGAAGAGAAACAUUCCUUUUCUCUUUGGCUGGGAGGCAGUCCGCUCAUCUACUGUGUGUCUGUGUGUGUGUGUGAGAAGAAUAUGUUCACAAUGUGUAAUUACUAAACACAACUGCUCUUAUAAUGAUGAUGUAACAUUGCAUUAUUAAAUAUAGUAUUAAUGUGGUUGAACUGGACUGACCUACACUGACCGUAGAUUGUUGUUUGCUGUGACAUAAGCCUGAAGCAGUGAGCAUCAUGCCUUUGUUUCAUUUCUUUGAUUUUUUUUAAUAUUACGCUGCAAAGUCUGAUGCUGCUUCUGCUGCUGUUAAUACAUCUUCAUUAAUCCUGUCACUAAAAGAAAAAUGUUGGAUAAUGUUUAAAGAAUCUGAAGCGAUACUCCUUGUCUGUCUUAAAUGAAAUUAAAUAAAUGAUUGUUAAAGUU